UUGUGGCGUUUAACCAUGAGUAAAACAAUUAUAAUUGCUGCUCUCGUGAAUUAUUCAUAUAAAUGUUUCAUUAUCUUGUUUAUGCGUGUGUAAUAGGAACUGAAUAUCAGAUAUCAGAAUUAUCAGAGACUAUUUUGGAUAGAAAAUUAACAGAUCAAAAACUUCAGUCAUGAGUCAUGAGAUAAUCAUUAAUCCGUUUGGGAUUAUUUGACAGUCCACACACUACAGCAGUCAGCGUGUAUAUGCGCGGUCGCUAUCUGACGUGCUUUAAAUCAGUUUUAAAAGGCGAGAACCCACGCUUCUUUUCCCAUUCGAAAGAAGCAUGCACGGAUUCUGCACGUCUUCCAUACUGUUGCAAUCGGUUGAAUAGGUUCACUGAAAAAAGAAAAAGAAACAGUAAAAAAAACUUUUGAAGUCCAUCAAAGUAAGUGGGUUCACUGCGCUGCUUUCCAAUUAAAUUAGCUGACGGCGGAGCAGACUGCGCUGCGGUGAGUGUCGCAUUCAUAUCAGCAACUCCAGAGCAAGUGUGUUUCCCCGCGAAUUACGCAGGGUUGGACACCGACGUGGGGGCGUGGGUUGAACAUCAUAUUGUCGGCUAAAUGUCCCGAUGGUGUUGACAGCACGUGGGACCUCUGAAUAGGACGGGACGGACUUUCCCGUGAUCUAGAGGACGUUGUUGCACCGUACCCGAUAGGCGCGCAUUUUGGUUGAUGCAUCUCCUAUGUCAAAGUCUCUUUUUGGAACUGUGAUGCUUGCGUGCCCGUCUAUACCUCCUGAAAUUGAAAGGUCCUACUGUGCCAAUUGAUUUUUGCUGGACAUUCAUAACGUUGGCAUUCACGGCUAUACGCACAGCGACAGAGGGUUGUACAGCAUUCAGGUGAAACGUGCGGAUAUACCCUCCGUUAUUCCAGGACGCCAGGACUUGCAUAAAAAGGAAAUCCUCGGACAACUAUGGAUGUUUGCAAAGGUCGUUUCCUGGGCAUCGCGGUGGCUGUAGCGCACGGGUUUUUCUCGGGGUCUUUGAAUAUUCUGUUAAAAUUCCUCAUCACCACAUACAGCUUCAAUUACCUCACCUUGAUCCAGUUCCUGACGAGUAGCACUGCGGCGCUGACUCUGGAGAUUCUGCGAAGACUAGGAAAAGUAGAUAUACCUCCGUUCAGUCUACAGCUAGCGAAAGUUUUCUCCGGCGUCUGUGCUUUAUCCACUUUACAGUCAACCCUCACAUUAUGGUCUCUCCGAGGACUUAGUUUGCCGAUGUAUGUGGUGUUUAAACGAUGUCUCCCCUUGAUGACACUGGUAAUUGGGGUUUGCGUUUUAAAGAACGGGUUUCCCUCUGUCGGGGUGAUAGCGGCAGUGUUGAUUACCACGACAGGAGCAGCCUUGGCAGGCGCCGGUGACCUCACCGGAGAUCCGUUUGGCUAUGUGACGGGUGUGCUGGCCGUGAUCAUCCACGCCUCCUACCUGGUCCUGAUCCAGAAGGUCAGCGGCGAGAGCGAGCACGGCCCGCUCACAGCCCAGUACGCCAUCGCAAUCAUGGCCUCACCGGUGUUGCUGGUGUGUGCCUUUGUCAGCAUGGACGCCGUGGAUAUGUGGUCCUACUCGGGCUGGAAGAACCCGUACAUCACGGGCAUCUUCGUGACCUGCAACCUCAUCGGCUGCGCCAUGAACUUCACCACCCUCCACUGCACCUACAUCAACUCGGCCGUCACCACCAGCUUCGUGGGCGUGGUGAAGAGCAUUGCCACCAUCACCGUGGGCAUGGUGGCCUUCACCGACGUGGAGCCCACCAACCUGUUCAUAGCAGGCGUGGUGGUCAACACCGUAGGCUCCAUCACCUAUUGCGCUGUCAAGUACUACGAGACCAGGAAGAAGCUACACUACCAGGAUAUGGAUGAGUCCACGAAGGAAGAGGAGCUGCCGGGGCAGCCUUACAUCGAGCCGACCAAGCCCAAGGGAGAUGCCAACGGGGAGAGCCUCGCCAAUGGGACCCUGGCUGCUGGGGCGCUCGAUGACAACAACCAGGCCCCGUUCCCUGCGCUGGAGCACACCACCGAGGAGUCCCUCGAGAUGCAAAAACAAGCCUACUUCCAGGAAGGCGAGCCAGUCGCCCAGCCCCAGUCUCUGAGUGACAGUUACCUUGGGGUGUGGAGGUCUGUUCGCACACUAAAGUUCUUCAAGAAAGACACCCUGGUUGACAAUAUGGAGGUGCAGAGCCCUUGACACUAAAUGUGUUUUUUUUAUUUGUGGUGAAAGGGUGCAUGUUGUGUCAGAUUGUCACUGAAUGAGCCUUGAUAUGAACACUGAAAGAUGUUUUUUCUGCCUUUUGUUGGUUUUUUCUUCUUUUAAACUUGGUCUUAAAGAAGUAUUUUUUAAGAAAUCUAUCUGAUUAGUUUGUAUAAACAGGAGGGAUUGUAUUUCUAAAUGUAUAGGAAUAAUGUAUUGAAAUGUUUUAUACUGAGUUUUCAGUAGUGGCAACAUCAUCUGUGCAGGGAAUGCCAAACCAACAAGAUGUCAGAACAAGAGCUCUCUACAACAGCUCUUGCUCCCCCAUUAUAUAUUAAAAGGCCUCCUUUUUAAGACAUCUUGUAUUUACUGUAAAUAUAAGAAGGUCAAUUGGCUGUGUUACAUGUUAAAAACUAAAUUAAAAACUAAAAAAGGGUUAUCAUUUAUUAUUAUGAUUUGUUUACUUUCUUUAUUUAAUUUUGUCUUGCACGUGAUGUAAAUGCUUGUCCAGAUUUGUGCAAUCUCAAAAUGAGGCAUUUGACGAGUUCAAGGAGCAACAGUGUUUCCAAUUUGCAUGUCUUAUGCAAAGAAAAUUCAAAUGAGUUUCACAUGAGAAAUGCUUGCUCAGUAAUGCUGGUUUUAUUUUGAAUGGAACAUCCAUAACCAUAAGUGACCUGGUAAUUGCUUUUUGCCAUGUUGUCUUACCAAUUGAAAAAUGCUUCUGAAUUACCGGUGGACGGUUGCUGAUAGGGUUCACUUAACCGAAGAAUAACAUAGGUUUACAUGAGCGAUAUGCCCUGCAGCGAAAAAGACACUGGGUAAUUCUUUUAGCUGAAAGCAUUUCUUUGGCUGGGCACCCACAUUACCUCAAUUCAAUAUAUAGCCUCAGUAUACAUAUGGAGACAAGUGAAUUUCUUCUCUUCAUCGUCAGGGGUCUAUAGGAUCCUAUAGACCCCUGCAAGAUGUCUGUUGCUUGAAGUAUGUCCAAAUCUUGUUAUGGCAAAAGUACAGUGACUGCAUAUGCUUUUAUGUAAAGGGAUGUUUUGUUUUUCGCAAUUAAAAAAAAUGUAUUUCCAAGUGUUGGAGAAAAAAGACA